AGCGUUUUACGAGGACCCUUUCCCGAGAACUCCAGGAGUGACAUGUCGGAACGCUACGGUACUGGCCGUCAUUCCUACAGCCACAGCCAUAGCCUCCGUUUCCAACGCGGGGCUUAUCCCCUGACGACGUUCGUCACUGGCGGUUUCAAUGCAUCACGGGUUUGAGCUUCAAUUACGUUCUAGCAUUUGCUGACUGUUCCCAGUAGCGAUAUCCCUGGGGAAACUAGUCGCGAACGCGAAUGGCGGAAGACAGUUCCAACAUUGAUAGCAGCACGCGCUUAGUCUCUGGCGACGACGAGCAGAAUGUCGCAUGCGGUCGCCGGCGACAUCGCGUGCUGAUGGUGUGCGACUUCUUCUUCCCUAACUUCGGCGGCGUGGAGAGCCACAUCUACCUCCUCGCACAGUGCCUGCUGCAGCGCGGCCACAAGGUGGUGGUGCUGACUCACGCGUACGGUAACCGCGUGGGCGUGCGUUACCUCACAAACGGGCUCAAGGUGUACUACGCCCCAAGACGAGCAGUGUGGCUGCAGGCCACUCCCCCCUCGCCCCUCCCCUGCCUGUCGCUGCCUCUCUUCCGCUCCAUCAUUGUCCGCGAGCGCAUUGACAUCGUGCACGGGCACCAGAGCUUCGCGCCCAUGUGCCACGACGCGCUGCUGCACGCCUGCACCCUCGGCCGCCGAGCCGUGUUCACUGACCACUCCCUCUGCGGCUUCGCUGAUGCUGCCAGCAUCCACAUGAACAAGCUGCUGCAGUUCUCAACAGCCGCCAUCCACGCGGCCAUCUGUGUGUCGCACACCAGCAAGGAGAACACCGUGCUCCGAGCCGCGCCCUCCCUGCCGCCGCACCGCGUGGCCGUCAUCCCCAACGCUGUCGACGCCAACAACUUCCUGCCUGACCCCCACCGAUGCGCUCCUGGCGCUGCUGCUGCUGCUGCUGCUUCUGGUGCUUCUGGUGGUGGUGGUGGUGCUGUUGGUGGUGCUGGUGCUCCUGGUGGUGGUGAUGAUGAUGCUGUUGAUCCUCCUGCUGCUGCUGCUGCUUCUGCAGAUUGUGAAGCAGGGGGAAAGAUUGGGGAAGGAGGUGAAGCGGGGGAGGGGGGCGUGGAAUCACAGAGGAAUCAGGGAGGAGGAGCAGAGCAGGGCAGGGAUGGGGAGGUAGUGGGGGGUGGAGACAGAGAGGGGGCUAGUGGGGCAGGGGAGGAGGCAGUGAGAAAAGGAGGGACAGGGGAAGACCUGAGGGGUAGAGGAGGGGCAGAGGCACAGACAACAGCAGCUUCCCUGUCGUCAGCUCAAGGUGGCGAAACGAGAGUGGACGGGGCAGGAGCAAGGGGAAGCGAGGAAGGGGGGGGCAUGAGGGUGACUGUAGCGAGUGGGGUGGAAGCGAGUGCAGGGGGCGACAUGGAGGUGACUGGGAGGGGGGACAUGGCAGCAGACAUGGGUAGGGAGCUGGAGGUGACGAUAGUGGUGAUCAGCCGCCUGGUGUACCGCAAGGGCGCGGACCUGCUCGUCGACGUCAUCCCCGCCGUCUGUGCGCGGUUCCCCAAGGUGCGGUGGAUCAUAGGCGGCGAUGGCGCCAAGAGGGGCCGGCUGGAGGAGAUGCGGGACCGGCACGGGCUGCACCACCGUGUGGAGAUGCUGGGCGCCGUGCCGCACAGCCAAGUGCGCUCCGUGCUUAUCCGCGGCCACAUCUUCCUCAACAGCUCGCUCACCGAGGCCUUCUGCAUCGCCAUCCUUGAGGCUGCUUGCUGUGGGCUUUUCGUUGUGGCCACACGCGUGGGAGGGGUACCCGAGGUGCUCCCCCCCGACAUGAUGCUGCUAGCAGACCCCAACCCUCCUGAUAUCGUGGAGGCCAUUGCCCAGGCCAUUCAGAUUGUGCCACGUGUCAACCCCCAGGCCAUGCAUGAGAGGGUGUCGCGCAUGUACAGCUGGCAUGACGUGGCGGAGAGGACAGAGCGGGUGUACGACCGGGUCAUGGACAUGCCGCUGGACGACCUGCCCUCUAGACUCACCAGGUACUACGCAUGUGGCGUGGUGGCGGGGAAGAUCUUCUGCCUCGUGGUGCUCCUCAACUCGCUAGUCGCUGCUCUCCUCGCCUACCUCCAGCCGGAGCAGCGCAUAGAGGUGGCGCCUGACUUCCCCCUCAUGGCCAAGCCGCAGCCCCUGCCAGCCCCAACGGGCACGAGAGAGGCGCACUCAUCUUGAUGCUCCUUCCGCUUCUGGCGUAGAGGUGGCUCGCCAGCCAGAGUUACUAAUACCGCUCUUUUCUCUCUUGAUGGGGAGAAAAGGAGAAAGGGAGGGGGGGAGGAGGAAGGGGAGGAGGAAGGGGAGGGGGGGUGAGAGGGGGGGGGGGGUUUGGGAGGGAGGAUGGGCGAGCCGCGAGGCUGGCUGCUCCAAGUACCUGUGUCUCGGGGGUGAUGAUUGUCACAUGCCAAUUGUUUAUACGCGUCCGUGCAGAAAUUAUUUUUUAUGCAGUGGCCCCUGUGCAAUGAAGAGCAAGUUAGAGCAUGUUCCUUCGAGCCUCUUCCUAGGCAACCUCUUCCCAGACUUGCGCGUGACCUUAGAGCGUGUUCUCAGGAUCACUUUUCGGAAUACUCCUGUUUCAUAUUUGCGUUCCACUGCUCUCAACCACAUAA